UUUAUUGUUGUGGUUUGUACAAAAUUUACUUCGGUGAGAAAGAUUAGUUUUCUUUAUGUUUAUGGUUUCGUUUUCAACUACUGUUAUAUACUAAUCAUUUGUUCAAUACGUCAUUUUCAUCCCACAUCACCUUAUUCAAUUAUUGAAGUUACUAUUACUCUAUGUACUAUUCGUCGGUAAUAGAAUAAAGAUAGAAAAUGAAGUGAUAAUAAUGCUGAUAAUCUGGUGUUAUGAUCAUUUGUUGUCGUCAUCGAAAUUUCCCAAUUACUUUACGCGACAAAUAUUUAAAUGUUGAAUUUGAUUUUAUUCAAGUGUACUAUUACAUAAGAUAUUACGUGCGAAAACAAUAAUAUUCAAUAAUCAUCAUCAUGGUCGAUAGAUUAGUCAAUAGCGAAGCUAAUGCUCGCAGAAUAUCCAUGGUGGAAAGCUGCUUCGGUAGCUCGGGGCAGCCUUUGGCAGUUCCUGGUCGUGUUUUGGUUGGUGAAGGUGUCCUAACUAAAGUUUGUCGAAAAAGACCGAAACCUCGUCAAUUUUUUCUUUUCAACGAUAUACUUGUAUAUGGCAAUAUUCUGAUUAACAAAAAGAAGUACAAUAAACAACAUAUUAUACCUUUGGAAGAGGUCAAAUUGGAAUCUUUGGAAGAUGAUGGUCAAUUACGCAACGGAUGGCUUAUAAGGACUGCUUCAAAAUCAUUUGCCGUGUACGCCGCUACAUCAACAGAAAAACAAGAAUGGAUGGCUCAUAUCAAUAAAUGUAUCGAAGACUUGCUAAGAAAAAGUGGGAAGAAAGCAGUAUCAGAACAUGCUGCAGUAUGGGUACCGGAUGCCGAAGCAGCUGUCUGUAUGCAUUGUAAAAAGAGUCAAUUUACUGUUUUAAAUCGACGACACCAUUGUCGUAAAUGCGGAGCUGUUGUGUGUGGUCCGUGUUCAAACAAACGCUAUUUAUUGCCUAAUCAGUCUUCCAAACCACUACGUGUUUGUUUGAAUUGCUAUGAUGAAUUAUCGCUUCAAAAGGCUCAGCAAAUUAGCAACUCUAAUAACUACAGAAACAAUCAAUUGGCAUCUCCUGAUUCAUCAGGAGAAGAAGAUUCAGAUGAUGAUGAUGAAAGUAAUCGUUCUCACCAAUAUCACGAUGCUCAGAUCGAACAGCCGAGAUUUUACAGAGACAGUGUGAACGCCGGAAGUCGUUCGUUAAAGACUUGCUGAUCAGUUUUUUUCGCCUAAAGUAUCACAUUCUCCAUUUCCUAAACGUUGAAUGUGCAAAAAAAAAGUUUAAUACACUUGUAAAAUGUUGAUAGCACUAUACUAACUGCAAAUCAAUUAGUUUAAUUUGUACUAUUUCAAAACCAAUUUCAACACCUUGUAACCCGCAAGCACCAAAUUUUUCAAGAUACGAAAAAAAACUUAUAAAAAUAAAAUAAUUACUUUUUUUUGCAUGUUACGAUUCUAAUAUAAAUGUGACGGAAAUAGAAACAUUUUCACAUAUACAUUUUAUGGAUUCUCCCAUUUGUUUCUGAAAAGAGUGGCUUACGAGGGGCAAAUUUUUUUUGAGGGUUACAGUAACUGAAAGAAACCUCCGGAUUUUUUUUUAAAGAUUUUGGUUGUUUCACGUGGGUUACGAGGUAUUUCGAUAAAAGGAAAUUAGUUGUGGGUUACGUGAUGACUUUAACUCCAAAAGUAUUACUCGUGGACUCCUGCGGAUUGCGCCAUUCGAUUCGUCAAGAAACGAAAAUUGAUUUUUUUUAUGGGUUACGAGGUGUUAGAAUUAGAGUAUCUAUUUAUUUUUAAGAUACCAUAACUGUUCGAAUUAUAUUGUGAUUAAAUUUAUACUGUUGUUUUUAAUUAUGUUACAAUUUUUAUUAUAUUUUUAUUUUCUAAUUUAUCACUUUAAUAUAUUAUUUUAAAUGAAAUACCUAAUUUGUUAUUCAUUUUAUAAAUAUACGAUACUUUAUUCAUGUA